GAUUCAAUGAAUAUUGUAUUUGUUGUAGAUUGCAGGUAGUACAGACGGUGAUUUAAAAUACCAGAUUGCCUACCUCAGCCAUGGUCACAGGCGUCAGGUUAUCGUUUCGUUCAAGAUACUGGAACGGAAGUGCGUUUCGCAAAUUAUAUGAAUCGCAUAAAACAUGGCCUCCGAUUCUGAUUCCGACAGCUCGAUUGAGGAUGAAACUCAACGCCAGCGUUUGUUAGAUGCAGCUAUAGACAUUAAAACCAUUGUUAAGUCAGCAGAACCAAAAGUGGGGCCUAUUGAAAUUCAGCCAGCAGUUUCAAGAAAUAGGUCUAUUCCAAAUAUCCCAUCAAAAAGACCAUCUCAAACAAUAGAACAUGAUAGGAACGACCUGAACACAACUCCAGAGUUUAAGGCGUUUGUGGCGAAGAAAUUAUCACAGAUGCUUGAUCAAGAGGUAGAAGAGGAAGAGAUUGAAAACGGAAAUCUGAAUGCCGCUGGUUAUGAGGACACAGGUAUAAGACUGUGCUUUGGAUCAAGGCAUCACUUAACGACUGAUUGUAACCCAGAAGACGUACCAGUACCACUACGGAAGAGGCCUGUUCCCAGGAGAAGAAGAGCCAGGGAUAGCAGUAGUGAUAGUUCUGAGGAAGACAAGCGAUUGGCUGCAGCAGCGGUGUCACAUGACUUUAUAAUCAAGCAAAGCAAGAUUUCGUUUGGUUCUCAGGAAAACCAAUCUGUUGUUAUAAAAGCCACAGAAGCUAAUUGUCACCAAAAUGGCAAAGAUUCUUCACCUAGAAAAGACUGUGUGUCAAAUGUAGAGGGUACAGACAUUGACAGAACUCUUAUAGAGGACAACGGAUGUAUGAAGCUAAAGAAGAAAAAGAAAAAGAAGAACAAAAAACAGAAAGAUAUUAAAGAAAAUUGUUAAAAAUAGUCCUGAUAAUUUUAUCUCAUUGCUGUCAUCUGCAUUUUCAAAAUCCUCUUUCAUGAUUUAUACCUUUUCUACACCUUUGAAAUAUGUUCGGGCAAAAUGUAAAGCUUAAUACGUGCAAACUUGUGGAUGAUACACUGCAGGAAUAAACUAGUAGGAUGUCUUUGAUCAGGAUGAAAGGAAUGGUAACCACCAUUAAAAAUGACUGGCUUGUAAGUUGAUGUGUAGCCUGUCUGUAAUCUUCAAAGGACAGGUUUCAGCCUAGCGAUUUGUCAGUAUAUUUACACCUGAAACCAAUCAAAUAACUGACCACGAGUCUUCAAUUUUGUAAUAUUUUCCGAAGGUGUGGGGUAGAUGUGUAUAUCAAGAGUUGCAGCCUUUAGAUUUUGAAGAUGUGUCGCUUGAAGCAGAAUUACAUGAAGAAUUAAUAUUGGAAUUAUUUCAAACAUUAUUGACAUGAAUUUCGUUGUAAUCUAUUUAAAACAGGUACAUAACAUACUGUAGAACUAAAAAUGUUCACAUUGUGUCCCAAUAAUUCAUUCACCCCUGAAAUUUCAUAAUGAACUGUUCCAACAUUUGAAUUGGAAGAGUUCAAAUGUGUCUUCAGGGUUGAAUGUGUUAAAAUGAUUGUUGUGUGGAAAUUUUCUUGUUGUCAAUAGCUCUGAAAUCUGAAUAAUCUAUUUAUCUUUAAUCUGUAUAAUCUAUUUAUCUUUAAUCUGUAUAAUCUAUAGAUAAAUAUUCUUUUUAUCUUUAAUCUGUAUAAUCUAUAGAUAAAUAUCACAACAUGAACAAGAGGCCCAUGGGCCUUAACGGUCACCUGAUAUAUUUAUACAGAGAGU